AUGACGUCUUUGUCGAGAGGAGAAGAUGAAGAGGAGAGGAAAAGGAGAGUGGCAAACGCGGUGCCGAAAACGUGGUUGGAGAAAACUGCGCUCUCUGUGAGUGAUGAUGCUUUUAGUAAACGUCUGUUCGUGAGAUGCUACGCGUCACAUUUGGAAAUCGAAAACAACGAGAACGUCAGAGAUUGGAUGUACGCGCUGACGGAAACGAACAUGCGAGAGAUGUACGAACAGACGUGGGGAUGGAACUCGUUGGAGAAACGGAGAGAGUUGAGCGAUCAAAACGCGAAGUUUGUUUUGGUCUUUACUCGGGAGAUGAAGAGGGGGGAGGAGGGAAAGGAGGCAAAAGUGGCUUUGAAUACUACGGACGAAGACGAAGACGAAGAAAAACCGGUGGCGUUCGCACACUAUCGAUUCGAGGUGGACGACGACGAUGUCGCGUCGGUGUACAUAUACGAGUUACAGGUGGAGCAAACGAUGAAACGGUCCGGGUUAGGAAGGGUGUUGAUGCGAGCGUGCGAAAAGAUAGGAUGCGCUUUAGGAUUGAAACACGCGGCGUUGACGGUGUUGAAAACGAACCAAGCUGCGAGGAGCUUUUACGCGAAGAUUGGGUACGAGGAAACCGAUCACGCGCCGGUGGAUGCGCACUACGUGAUCAUGCGGAAACGAAUUUAG